CCAUCCUCAUCCUCACCUCCAUCCUCAUCCUCACCUCCAUUCCCAUCCUCAUCUCCGUCCUCAUCCUCAUCUCCAUCCUUGUCCUCACCUCCAUCCUCAUCCCCACCUCCAUCCUCACCUCCAUUCCCAUCCUCAUCUCCAUCCUCAUCCUCACCUCCAUCCUCAUCCUCACCUCCAUUCCCAUCCUCAUCUCCGUCCUCAUCCUCAUCUCCAUCCUUGUCCUCACCUCCAUCCUCAUCCCCACCUCCAUCCUCACCUCCAUUCCCAUCCUCAUCUCCAUCCUCAUCCUCACCUCCAUCCUCAUCCUCACCUCCAUUCCCAUCCUCAUCUCCGUCCUCAUCCUCAUCUCCAUCCUUGUCCUCACCUCCAUCCUCAUCCCCACCUCCAUCCUCACCUCCAUUCCCAUCCUCAUCUCCAUCCUCAUCCUCACCUCCAUCCUCAUCCUCACCUCCAUUCCCAUCCUCAUCUCCAUCCCCAUCCUCACCUCCAUCCUCGUCCUCACCUCCAUCCUUGUCCUCACCUCCAUCCUCAUCCCCACUUCUAUCCUCAUCUCCAUCCUCA